CAGACGUCUCUGUUUCCUGUUUUACAUGAGCGGUGUGAGUGGUGAGGAGACUCCACCAUGGAUAUCCGACCAAACCACACGAUUUACAUCAACAAUAUAAAUGAUAAAGUCAAGAAAGAAGAGCUGAAGCGUUCGCUCUAUGCACUCUUCUCUCAGUUCGGUCAGAUAAUUGAAAUUGUGGCCAUGAAGACCAUGAAGAUGAGGGGACAGGCCUUUGUUAUCUUCAAAGAGCUCGCCGCCGCCACCAACGCACUGAGGCAACUCCAGGGUUUCCCUUUCUACAACAAGCCCAUGAGGAUACAGUAUGCAAAGACUGACUCUGAGGUCAUUGCCAAGAUGAAAGGCACAUACGGCGACAAGGAGAAAAAGAAGGAGAAGAAAAAGAAAGCUCAGGAGACGGCAUCCAGCCUAACAAAGAAACCAGCAACGGGAUCGGCAGCACCUGUGCACUCCCCUGCAGUACAGGUGCCAGACAACCCACCAAACUACAUCCUGUUCCUCAAUAACCUGCCUGAAGAGACCAAUGAGAUGAUGCUCUCCAUGCUUUUCAACCAGUUUCCUGGUUUCAAGGAAGUGCGGCUCGUCCCCGGGAAACACGACAUCGCCUUUGUGGAGUUUGAAAGCGACACGCAGGCGGGAGUGGCUAAAGACGCACUGCAGGGCUUCAGGAUCACAGCGACCUGCGCCAUGAAGAUCACAUACGCCAAGAAGUAGAGCCCAAGUUUGAUCACUGGACACAAAGAGACUCAGAGUAGGAGAGGGACGGUCCCUGGAUUUCCGUUGUGUUCCCAGAUCCUUUUGAUUUUUGUAAAUCCCACAGAGCUUUUUUUUUUAAAUUCCUUUUGCUUGUUUGGUAAAUUCUGUGCUGUCAUUUAUGAGGUCGAGCAAAAAAAAUCUCUGGCCUACAUCUUGUUUUGUAAAAUAAAAGGCUUUUGCAUAAUUGUUGCCUUACAUGUG